AUCCACACACACUACAACCACACACUACAACCACACACUCACUACAACCACUCACUCCAACCACACACUCACUACAUCCACACACGCUAGGCUCUCACUCGCUCCGAGACCCACUCACUAACAGGGCUCCUCUUUACCCAGACAUUUGCGAACCCUCUCUGCGUCUUUGUGUGGGCGCCAUGUCGAUGCCACGUGCAACUCGUUCUGCUGCGGGAGGGGAGGCUUUGCUCGGUCGACGGAGCCCUCUGGUGCAAGGGGAAGAGCUUUGGACGAGAGGGGAGGAGGUUCGGAUGAGAGGGGAGGAGCUUUGGACGAGAAGGGAGGGGUUUCGGGCCGAUGGAGAGGACAUCAGCUCUGGUGGAGGGGAGGUCCUCUCGGUCCAAAUUAAAGCAGAGGACCUUCCUGUUAAAGGGGAGGACCCCCACAUCAAAUUGGAGGACACCUGGGGUGGCGGAGGAGGAGGAGGUGAGCCGCAGAAUGGCAAUGGCGACCUUCGGGCGAAAGCGGACGACCUUGGCACUCGCCGGGACGGCGACGCGUGGCCGAGCGGCGAGGACCCUCGCACGCCGAGAGACGGCGCGGCGUCUCCCGGCGGUGACCUCGGCGUCAAGCAGGAGGACGUCCGGGCCGAUGGGGAUGCCCUUGGUGGGAAAGUUUCGGAGCUCCCGGUGGAAACGAGGCGACCGCCGGAGCAGCUUCGCAUCAAAAAGGAGGAGGAGGACCUCCUCGAGGCUGACGCAGUGAAUACCGCGGUCGGUGGCGAGGAGCCGCCCGUUAAGCAGGAGGUCCUCGUGAGCGGUGGAAACGAGCCGCGCGUUAAGCAGGAGGACCUCCGCGUUGACAUCCGUAUCGACGGACGCAGCCCUCGGACGACGGGGCAGGCUCCGGGCACGAAGGUGGAGGAUGUUUGUACAGAGGGGGAGCAGCGUCUCGACUGCAGCGUGUUGGACCUCCCCCGGGUUAAAGAGGAGGGCGUUCAAAUCAAAAGGGAGGACCUUCGAGACGACGGUGGAGAGGACCUGCGGGCCGGAGGUUCAGUUGCGAGGCCGGCGUUCCCAGACGUGGUGGAGGUGGAGGUGAUGAUGGAGCACGUGGAUGAAGAGUCGGACGGAGCGGGUGAGACGGCCGAACAGGGAAGGCACCGCUGCUCCGUGUGCGCCAGGGAGUUCAGCCGGAAGCGUGGGCUCCAGGUCCACACGUGGCAACACUCGAGCCACCGCCGCCACCGUAAGAAGGCCCUGCAGUGCGACCUCUGCGCGUACAGCACGAGGCUCAAGAGCGACCUGGAGAGGCACCUGCGGACCCACCAUGACGACGAUGAGGAGGAGGAUGAGGAGGAGAGUUCGGCGAACUGGGAGCCGUCGGCGCUAUCGGCCGCCUCGAGACGCACGGCACCAAGUGGACCCGUCCCUCGUAACCGCCGUGCGAUACGUGCUGCAGUGGAGAGUGGACCCAUCCCUAAUAACCGCCGUGCGACACGUGCUGCAGCGGAGAGUGGACCCGUCCCUAAUAACCGCCGUGCGACACGUGCCGAAGCGGAGAGUGAACCCGUCCCUAAUAACCGCCGUGCGACACACUCGAGCCUCCGCCGCCGCCGUAAGAAGGCCCUGCAGUGCGACCUCUGCGCGUACAGAACGAGGCUCAAGAGCGACCUGGAGAGGCACCUGUGGACCCACCUUGAUGACGAUGAGGAUGAUGAUGAGGAGGAGGAUGAGGAGAGUUCGGCGAACUGGGAGCCGUCGGCGCUAUCGGCCGCCUCGAGACGCACGGCACCAAGCGGACCCGUCCCUCGUAACCGCCGUGCGACACGUGCCGCAGCGGAGAGUGGGCCCGCCCCUAAUAACCGCCGUGCGACACGUGCCGCAGUGGAGAGUGGGCCCGUCCCUAAUAACCGCCGUGCGACACGUGCCGCAGCGGAGAGUCGGCCCGCCUCUACUGACCGCCGGAGGAAAGCCGCCACAGCAGCAGCAGGAGGCGAGUCCGUCUCGAAUAACCGCCGGACGAGACGCGCACCGAAGAAGACGACGACGACGACGACGACGACGACGACGGAGGAGGAGGAGGAGAAGAAUCUUCCCCAGGCGCGCGAAGGGACGGAUAACGGACGAGGCCCCGCGGAGGCGCCCCGCCGGGCGAGGCUCCACGAUUGCCCCGCGUGCGGCAAGGCGUUCUCGCGCGCCGCCCACCUGCGGCGCCACUCGCGCGUCCACGCGACCUCGCGCCCGCACGUCUGCCCCGAGUGCGGCAAGGCGUUCGCCCACGCCGACGACCUGUCGGCGCACGCCCGGGUCCACGCGGCCGACCCCGGCGGGCACCCCAACGCUUGCGCCCGCUGCGGCGCCCGCUUCCGCCUGCCCUCGCACCUCCUCGCGCACGAGCGGACGCACACGGGCGAGCGGCCGUUCGCGUGCGCCCGCUGCGGCAGGGCGUUCGCCCACGCCUCCACCCUCCGGCGGCACGAGCGGGCGCACGCAGGCGAGCGACCGCACCGCUGUGACACGUGCGGGGCGCUGUUCUCGCGCGAGUCCCACCUGCGGCGGCACCGCGGACGGAGGCACGCGCGCGGCAGGGAACGCCACGCGUGCGCGCUCUGCCCCACCGCCGCGUUCUACUCGGAGGCGGCGCUGGCCAGACACGAGGGGCGCCACCUGCGCAAGGGGGGGGCGGCUGGAGGAGCGAGAGGAGGGUGGGGGGGGGAGGAGGGGUUACUGCGAAGCCGUCGGAGCGUCGGAGCGGCCGCGGAGGCGGAGGAGUGGGCGCGGAGGAGCCGGCAACGACGACGCGGGAACGGGAGUGGCGCCCGGGACGCUCGCUGUGGCCGGGAAGUGACCGCUCCCUUUCCUCGCGCACCCCGCUGACGGAGGCGAGAAGCUGGCGUGAAACGACCGGACCGGCGGCGGCCGACUGUCCCUCAAACUUCGUGUGCAUCCCGUUCCAUUGUAAUGCGUAAUGUACUGUAUGCGUGUUAAAUGUCCCUUUCGCACCGCCGUACGUAGCUGACCAUAGCUAAUUGGAGGUGUUGGGGGGGGGGGAAGGAAAACAAGCGAAA